AUGCCUCAAAAGGGAACCAUAGCCAUUGAGGAAGCUGUUCUCAAUCCUGAGGGUGUCUCGUGGAUGGCAGAAACGGCGUCCCUGUUUGCACCUGGCCAAAAUGCUUCUCAGCUCAAACACCAUUCCCUGACCCAAAAGCUCAUGGACAUACACGGCCAGCGUCUCAGUGAGAUGGAUGCCGAGGGUGUCGAAUACAUGCUGUUGUCCCUGACAUCUCCAGGUGCGCAAGGCGAGAAGGACCCUGUGAGGGCUGCCAAUAUUGCCCGAAAUGCCAAUGACUGGCUGGCCAAUGAGGUGAACAGGAACCCUAGCAGAUUUGGAGCACUCGCUUCUCUCUCGAUGCACAACCCAGCCGAGGCGGCGGCGGAGCUUAAACGGGCAGUGAAAGACCUAGGGAUGUUUGGGGCCAUGGUGAAUGACUUUCAGACCUAUGGUGACGACGGUGCGGGCAAGAAAUACUACGAUGCCCCGGAAUACGAAUUGUUCUGGCAGGAAGUCGAGAACCUAGGCGUUCCAAUCUACUUACACCCUCGGUAUCCCAUCUCUCAGGAGCUCGAGGGACCGCUUGCAAAAUGGGCCCCGAGGAAGCACCUCCUUGGAGCCGCUGUGUCUUUCCACCUCGACCUGAGCUUCCACCUUUAUGCGCUUUGCUCGAGCGGCAUUUUUGACAAGUUUCCCGGGGUUCAGGUCGUAGCCGGGCACCUCGGGGAAGGUAUACCUUUCAACCUCUGGCGGGCAGACCACUGGUACAACAAACCAGUGAAAAAAGCCACAAGGCCCUCAAGAGAAGACUACAGCUACUACUUCCAGCACAACGUCUCGAUCACAACCUCGGGCGACUUCUCGACCUCCGGCCUGAAGUUCUGUAUUGAGCAAAUUGGCAUAGAAAGGUGCAUGUUCUCCAUUGAUUACCCUUACGACUCGGUCAAGGAAGCCCAGGACUGGUGGAAAGGAGUGGACCUUCCGCCCACUGACAAAGAGGCAGUGGCAAGGAGAAACGCCAUUAGAAUCUUCAAGUUGCCACUUGAAUCUUAA